CUACUUAUAUGUAUAUAUGUAUGCUAUUUGAUACUACCUUCUAUUUAGUAAUAACUUACCAGUACAAAUUAAGCAAAUUGGGUUUCGAAAACUGAAAGUUGACGAUUCCAUAAGACAGGAAGUUGCCUUAAUGAAAUGCGCAAGACAUGCUAAAUUAGUCGAAUUCAUUGGUUUAUGUAUUGAACCACAUGCUACCUAUGUUGUUGAAGAAUUCUGCGCCAAAGGUACUCUGGCUGAUAUCCUGGCUAAUCCUGAUAUUGAUUUAGCAUGGAUCUUUCGAUUUUCGCUCAUUAAUGAUCUUUUGGAGGGCUUAGAAUUUUUACAACGUUCGCGAUUUAUUUAUCAUGGAUGUCUAACGUCCACUUCCUGUCUCAUCACGGGCAAAUGGGAGUUGAAAAUAACCGAUUAUGGUUUGAAAAGGGUUCACAGAACUCAAAUUGAUCCAACUGUUAUAACUGCUCUUCGAAAGAACUCUCAUGUGGAAUGCAAAGACUUCUUCAAAGAUGAGGUACGCAUAUUGACAAACGCUGAACAACUUCUAUGGGCAGCCCCUGAAACAGUAGCCUUUACCUCGAUUGGAUUGUAUGUGGUGACACCAUCAAAACGUGCUGAUAUCUACAGUGUGGGCAUCAUCAUGAAUGAAAUCUUGACUAGAGAAAAACCAUAUCAGAAGUUGAUUCGCCAAGGCAUGUCGUAUGAGAAUAUCUUUACUCAUGUUCGUGAUGGAGACCUGAGAGUAACGAUGUAUGCUGACGGAGAAGAUGAGUAUGCUGAUAAGAUCAAUACGCUGAUAAGUGAUUGUUUGCACCCGGAUCCCAAUUGCCGACCUACAUGUGCCAAUAUGAGAAAUCAAAUGAAGUCUAUUGAUCCGUACUUGGCAGAAUCAGACAAUGUUGUCGAAAAUUUGGCUACCCUGCUUGAGAAAUAUGCAAAUGACAUGGAAAAUUUGGUUCGGAAGCGUACGGCAAAUCUUCAGCAACGAACACUAGAACUCGAAGAAGAAAGAGGUCGAACCCAAACUUUACUAAAAGACCUCAAGGCCGCUAAGGAAGUCGCGGAAGCUGCAGCUGCAGCGAAACAGAACUUUUUGGCCAACAUGUCACAUGAAAUUCGUACACCUAUGAAUGCUGUCAUUGGUAUGUCUCGUAUAUUGAUGGAAAGCGAUUUGCCUCCUGAGUUGUACGAGUGUGCUGAAACAAUCGAAUCGUCAGGCAAUCAUUUAAUGGCUAUCAUUGAUGAUAUUCUGGACUAUUCAAAGAUUGAAUCAGGAAAGCUCUCUCUAGAAAGGCGUUUACUGAAUCUGACUUUUGUAAUCGAAAGUGCUGUUAAACUUGUUGCACCGAAUUAUCUAGACAAAGAUUUGACCUUGUGGUAUGAAAUUGAUCCAAACAUACCUAUUCGCAUCUUUGGCGAUCUGGUUCGUCUACGUCAAGUCAUAUUGAAUCUCUUAUCAAAUGCAUUUAAAUUCACCAAAACGGGUUACGUUUGCGUACAUGUACAACUUUACCGUGAGCAUCCAUUACUUUGUGAAAUAAGCGAUCUUUCCGAAGUGACCAAUUACGAAAAUGAAGACGCAGCACCAGGAACACCAGACUCAAUGCCUUUACUUCGACCAGAGGAUGAGAAUCGUGAAGAUGAUGCUGUACCAUUGUUGGUAUCUGUAAAAGAUACCGGUAUUGGUAUUCCUAGAGACAAAUCGAGUAAGCUUUUCCAAUCCUUCUCACAAGUGGAUGCCUCGACAACUCGUAACUUUGGAGGAACUGGCCUCGGUUUAGCUAUUAGUCGUCAACUCUGUCGAAUGAUGGGAGGUGAAAUGUGGGUUAAAUCAGAGUAUGGAAAGGGUUCCACUUUUUACUUUAAAGCAAUGCUUCAAAAACAGAAAGAUAGUCCUACUUAUAGUGAUUACAACCAUUUGGAAGAGUUAGCGAGAAAUUGCCGCAAUCCUAUUGUUAUUACAGAAAAAGACAGCUCGAAAAAAGCUUGGUACAGCGUUUUGUCGAGCUUUUGCAUUACUGGAACAAGAGUGAUGGACUACAAACAAGCAUGUAUUUACUUCAAUAGCCUAUCACGGCAUCUCAACAUCAUUCAGCAUUCGUUACUAAUUAUCGAUGUGGAUAUUAAUGUUAUUGAAAAUUUUGGUGCUCAACCUACUUCUGGCGAAGUUGUUUUGAAGGACUUACGUUUGAAGUAUCCAUUCUUGUACAAACUUCCUACCUUAUGUAUAAAUGACUUCCGUUUGAAACGAACCACUAAGCUGGAAAUACCGCCUUCUACCAUCGGUCAACAAGUAGAUGCAUCCUCUCGCUCAAGUGAUACUACCUCAACGCCGCAGGAGGAGGCUUCGAAUCCAUUUGACGAAGUGGAUGACAACUCGUACACCGUCUAUAAGCCGUUCAAAAACUCAAAGCUUUUGUCAGCCUUACAUCGCUUAACCAGUAAUCGCUCAGAUGCAUCUGCUUCAUUGGAUGCUAAUGCUGAUUCUAAGUUACUAAAAGCCACACGACCGUCACUUACAGUGAUAGAUGCUUCAUCGCCAGCGGAACAACGCGCGAACAGCUUCUCUAGUACAUCAUCAGGUCGACCACUUGCUGACUUCUUAGCAGGUGUUCGCUCACUAUUAGUCGAUGACAAUCCCAUCAAUCAAAAAGUAUUAUCGCGUAUGUUGACUCGAAUGGGAUUGCAGCCACGAAUUGCACAGAACGGAAGGGAAGCAUGUGAUAUUGUCCUCAGUGCCAAAGAAGCAGGUGAGCCUGUCGAACUCAUCUUUAUGGAUGUUUGGAUGCCUGAAAUGAACGGGCUGGAAGCUGCCACAAAGAUCCGUGAAGAAUUAUCUGUGUCGAAUGUCAACCCUUAUAUUAUUGCAAUGACUGCUUGCGUCAUGCCCGGGGACCGCGAAAAGUGCUUAGAUGCAGGAAUGAAUGGCUAUGUCAGUAAGCCCGUUAGAAAAGAAGAACUUGAAGCCGCGCUUCACACAUAUACCCAAACCAUUAUAACCAGUGACCCAUCGCACCUUUGUUCAGAUAUUGAUGGUGAUAAAAACAGCAGGACAGAACAGCCAUUUGCUACAACUGAUGGAUCAAUUCCCAGUACAGUGAUUGGCUCAGAUAAGUCUUCAUCUGAUGUUGCUGUCAAUGUACCAACCGUGACGAUCACUUCGGAAGACUAACUCCUGUGUAUCAAUUAGUCUUAUUUAUGUUUACGUAUAUAGUUAAUGACGUUUGAACCUCUAAAUUGAGAUUAUGUGUAUAGUUAUUGUAUAGUAAAACCAUGCUCAUUCAUUUAUUUUUUGUAUCUAAAGUCAAAAAUGCAGUAUGAAAGAAACCACAUUCACGGAGAGAAGCCUUCAUUGCAAACUGUUUCCGAAGUAAAACUAGAGGAGCACUACCCGUUAUUAUCUUUAAUUUGAUAAAGAAAAUUUAUACAGAAAGCACUCACAUACGUGCUUUCAUGCCCACAGGACGUUCAUAUACACACUUCCACCAAUAACGAUACAAUAAAGGCAAAACAAAAAUUUACAGCUACUUUCUAUAUACAUUACCGAUCUUUUUUGAACUGCAAAAUAAAAUUAUAUUAAAGCAAUUAUGAUAUCAAAGUACUA